AUGCCCCAGACCGAUUGGGUAUUAGUGGCGCAGGGAAUCAAUACCGUUGCAUACGUCAUCACAAUUAUUGUCGGCGUCGUUGGAAAUCUUUGGGUCUCGUGGAAGGUCGGAAUUGUAUUCCUCUUCGGCCGAAAAUCAUUGGUCCCCAGAAAUAUAAUAAUUCUAAUACUGCUGAUAUGCAUUGCGGACCUUCUGGUUCUAUCCCACCUCAUAUUAUACGUCCAUUUUCAAAUAUAUCAACAAUGGGUAUUUGGCUCGUUGAUUUGCAAGUCAUUUUAUUGCAUCGAAGUUGUCAAUAAGCUUCUAAUACCUCUUGUCCUCGUUCAAAUCAGCCGCGCUUCUUAUGAAUCGGUCAGGUUGACUCAGACGUUAAACAAAAAUCGCGCAGCACCAUUCGCUUCUCAUUUCUACACGUUUUUUGGAGUUUGUGUAGUAAUUGCUCUAACGGUAAUGGUGUUCGUUAUCAAUUUCGCCGACACUCGAACAUAUCAUAUUCCAAGAAAAGGGUUGUUAAAAAAAGUCACAGUUUGUAGUUUUCAUCCACCUCAUCCAUAUGAAAUUUCGUUCAACAUUCUUGCAUUUGUGUUCGGAUAUGUCUUCACUAGUGCAGCUUAUGUCUAUUUCUACCUCAGAGUCCCUAUUUUACUUAAACGCCGCUAUUCUUCCGUCAAAACCAAUAGUAGUACAACUCGUCUCAACUGGGUAUCAAUUCUAAGGAUUCGCAGAACAGUCACAGCAUUCGUUCUAGUCUAUAUGACUUGCUGGACACCUUACUGGAUGCUGUUUUGGUUUCUCUCAUUUUAUCCCGUUGUUUCCAGUUGGAUGGUGGUGAUAUCAACUUUCACUCAUUUACUUCCUUACGUAUCUUGCACUGCAUAUCCUGUUAUCCUAACAGCAAUCAAUAAAGGAAUUCGAAGCGCACAUUCAACCAUCAUGAGUAGUCAGCGAAAGAAAUUCAAUACGAUUAGAGAAGGUGCCUAUCAGAUGAUUACCACCCAACUUGGUGUUGUGCAAACCUGGCUGCGUGAAGAUAAUCGUCAAACCGAUAACUCUCGUCGAUUUCGAUGGAGCUCUUCAGCUGGCGUUUCCAAUGAAAAAACUACAAGUUUCGAUGAAGUCGAUCUAUAG